UUCGGGUAAGACGGGCCCCGCCUUUCCGCUGAUGAGGCUGGUCGUGAAGUCGUCACAACUGCGGGUCACAUGACAGACCAGCGUCUCGGACUCCUCCAACAACCAUGCCAACCACCCAGCAGUCUCCUCAGGACGAGCAGGAAAAGCUUCUAGAUGAAGCCGUGCAAGCUGUCAAGGUCCAGUCCUUCCAAAUGAAGCGAUGCCUGGACAAGAACAAGUUAAUGGAUGCUCUAAAGCAUGCCUCCAACAUGCUGGGUGAGCUGAGAACCUCCAUGCUUUCUCCAAAGAGCUACUAUGAGCUCUACAUGGCCAUCUCUGACGAGCUCCACUACCUGGAGGUUUAUCUGACAGAUGAGUUUGCCAAGGGCCGUAAGGUGGCAGAUCUGUAUGAGCUGGUCCAGUAUGCUGGCAACAUCAUUCCCAGACUCUACCUGCUGAUCACAGUGGGCGUGGUGUACGUUCGCUCCUUCCCUCAGUCUCGCAAGGACAUCCUCAAAGACCUGGUUGAGAUGUGUCGUGGUGUCCAGCACCCACUCAGGGGUCUCUUCCUCAGAAAUUACCUGCUGCAGUGCACCCGCAACAUACUUCCAGACGAUGGAGAGCAGUCAGAGGAAUCAGAGGAGAUGACCGGAGACAUCAACGACUCCAUCGAUUUUGUCCUUCUGAACUUCGCGGAAAUGAACAAAUUGUGGGUUCGAAUGCAGCAUCAGGGUCACAGUCGAGACCGAGAGAAGAGGGAGAAGGAGCGGCAAGAGCUUCGGAUUCUAGUGGGCACCAACCUGGUUCGCCUCAGCCAGCUGGAGGGGGUCAACGUGGACAAGUACAAGCAGAUAGUUCUAGCUGGAGUGCUGGAGCAGGUGGUGAACUGUAGAGACUCCCUGGCUCAGGAAUAUCUGAUGGAGUGCAUUAUUCAGGUUUUUCCAGAUGAGUUCCACCUUCAGACCCUGAACCCUUUCCUGCGUUCCUGUGCUGAGCUGCAUCAACAUGUCAAUGUGAAGAACAUCAUCAUUGCCCUCAUUGACAGACUCGCUCUGUUUGCCCAUCGAGAAGAUGGCCCAGGUAUUCCAGCCGAGAUCAAGUUGUUUGAUAUAUUCUCUCAGCAGGUGGCCACUGUCAUUCAGUCUCGCCAGGAUAUGCCAUCAGAGGACGUGGUCUCUCUUCAGGUCUCUCUCAUUAAUUUGGCCAUGAAGUGCUACCCUGAUCGCGUGGACUACGUGGACAAGGUCUUGGAGAGCACGGUGGAGAUCUUCAACAAGCUCAACUUGGAGCACCUAGCAACCAGCAGUGCUGUGUCCAAAGAGCUGACCCGACUGCUGAAGAUCCCUGUGGACUCCUACAACAGCAUCCUGAUGGUGCUGCAGCUCAAACACUUCCCACCACUCUUUGAAUACUUUGACUACGAGUCGCGCAAGAGCAUGAGCUGCUACGUCCUGAGCAACACACUGGAGUACAACACCACCAUCGUGGCCCAGGAGCAGGUUGAUGCCAUCUUGAGCUUGGUAUCCACACUGAUCCAGGACCAGCCGGACCAGCCAGCUGAUGAUCCGGAUCCAGAGGACUUUGCAGAGGAGCAGAGCCUAGUGGGUCGUUUCAUCCAUUUGUUCCAUUCUGAAGAUCCAGACCAGCAGUAUCUUAUUCUCAACACAGCCCGGAAACAUUUUGGUUCUGGUGGAAACCAAAGGAUUCGGUACACUCUGCCUCCUCUGGUGUUUGCUGCCUACCAGCUGGCCUUCAGAUACAAAGAAAACUCGUCAACAGAUGACAAGUGGGAGAAGAAGUGCCAAAAGAUCUUUUCUUUCGCCCACCAGACGAUCAGUGCGCUUAUAAAGGCUGAGCUUUCUGAAUUGCCUCUUCGACUAUUCCUGCAGGGGGCUCUGGCUGCGGGCGAGAUUGGCUUUGAGAACCAUGAAACUGUAGCAUAUGAGUUCAUGUCACAGGCCUUCUCUCUUUAUGAGGACGAGAUCAGCGACUCCAAGGCCCAGCUGGCAGCCAUCACACUGAUCAUAGGCACUUUUGAGCGAAUGAGAUGCUUCAGCGAGGAAAACCACGAGCCUCUGAGGACUCAGUGUGCACUGGCUGCGUCUAAGCUGCUGAAGAAGCCUGACCAGUGCAGAGCUGUCAGUACAUGUGCCCAUCUGUUCUGGUCCGGUCGCAGCACUGACAAGAACGGUGAAGAGAUCCGUGAUGGAAAGCGAGUGAUGGAGUGUCUAAAGAAAGCCCUGAAGAUUGCCAACCAGUGCAUGGAUUCGUCACUGCAAGUCCAGCUUUUCAUUGAAAUCCUCAACAGAUACAUCUGCUUCUAUGAAAGGGAAAAUGAUGCAGUGACUAUCCAGGUACUGAACCAGCUGAUCCAGAAGAUCAGGGAGGAUAUUCCUAACCUGGAAGCAAGUGAAGAAACUGAGCAGAUCAACAAACAUUUCCACAACACUCUGGAGCAUCUCCGCCUGCAAAGAGAGUCCCCCGAGUCUGAGGGCACUGCGUACGAGGGCCUGGUUCUCUAAAUGGGGUCUGGGGGGGAUGGUAAUCCUUCCAUAAAUGUGUCACUUAUCAUAAUGUACGACUGCACAUGUUCACAAGCUGAUAAAAUAUCUUCCUGAGGGUUGUCAGCUUCAUUUUCUACUUCCUUUUCUGCUUCCUUUGCUCAUUGUGCUUGAGUUUAUCUUCUCUUCCUGCAGCCGCUUGGCCGUGUGAAGAAGGGUUAUUACUGUCAUUAGCGCUGCAGCUAACCCUCGGUGUUCUGGAGGAGAGUCUUGGGGACCAUUCCUUCAUUAAUUCUUACGUACUAGUUUGUUAGUGACCUGUAAUAUUACUGUGAUGGUGGAUCCACAGAGUCCAUCACCCAGCAAACUGUUAGCAUUUAUUUAUAGAGCCCAGUGAUGGUCUACAAACUAGUUUCCUAAACGUAAAGGUGGCUGGUGGCAACUUCUAUUUGAGACCACAUGAAAAAUGAAAAUCUUUCCAUCCUAUCCCAGUUUGGGAAGGUAGGAUGAUUUAGAUCAUAACUGAACAGCAUCUUUGUGGGCUGCAGACAACUCAAGCUGUCUUCAUAAAUCCAGCAAAUUGUGUACAAGGAAUGUUUUCCCUGCUUCCACAACAUAUCCUUCUAGCAUCACAUUUGGUCCUCCAUCUUUCUAUGAACUCAUCUUAGUUUUUCUCUUGGCAUUUUCAACUUCAGUGUAUUUGCAGUUUGUUUAUUUAGAAAACCCAGUUUUUAGUUUCCAUGACAAAGAUGAAAUAACAAUAAUUUGAAUUGGAUCAGUGAGUCCGUCCUGGAUGAAUGUGUUGAAGGAAUUCUGUUGGUUGAUGGAGUUGCUGUACAGAGUAAAUAAAGUAGAAGAUUAUGGAGUUGAGGAGGCUCAUUUGUUGGUGGCUUUGACAUUUUUUUUCUCUUUUAAAUGUGUUUAAAGCUCCUGUAAAGCUCAUCAAUUAAAUGCUAAUUAAAUGGAAAUUGUCAUUUAGCCAAAUAAAGUUGAAAGUAACAAUAAA